AUGGCCGAAGCUGGAAAGGAUUUUCAACAUCGGUGGAAAGUGGCCACAUUGAAGACGUUGGAUAAGCUCGACGAGCCGAAUAAGUCGGACGGACGGCACGAGAUUGGGAAGCUUGUUGACAAACAAAUCACGACGCCCUUGCGCUAUCUUCUUAACGACUUGCAGGCAUUCCUCUCCGACUUGAACCAAAUCUUCUCCCAGGCCAUUGAACUGGGCAAAGCGGCAGAGCGCGAUCAGAUGAACAUCAUCAUUGAGAAGACCCCGUACGUGAGCGAACAACAUUCGGGUGGGUGGAAAGAUUGGCUGGACGAGAGCUAUGAGCCUGACUACGGGUCGGAUGAAUCUCCGUCAUCGCCGACUAGCACCCUCACCACCGCUAGUUUGGUCUUCCGCACAGAGCCGCUGUUGACAAGCCCCAAGAUUUCGCGUCAGGCGGAGACAAACGGAGAGAUCGAGUUGAUUCUUCCGGGACGAGCGAUAUUCCCGGAACGGGGCAUUUUCCAGGAGGGGGCCUUAGAAUGGCAGAAGAUCCACAAUGCGUCGAGCGAGGCGGCUCGAGCGAAGAAUCGGUUGAAUCGACGACAAAGCAUGGUAGGGUCGGGGUCGAUUGUGCAAUCGCCAAUGCAGCCGUCCAGUCUGUGGGGUAGCUCGAGUUUGCUUGAGCAGCGAGAGUGA